UUAUAAUUUGAAACCCACUAGCAGCCUCUUAUUAGCAACAAUGGCAGCAAAGAUAUUUGCUCUUUUUACGCUCCUUGCCCUUUCGGUGAGCGCUGCCACUGCAGUCUUUAUUCCGCAGGGAUCCCUAGCUGCUGCUGCCGCUAUUCCACAAUACCUCCCACACGUGACAGCCUUGGGAUAUGAAAAUCCAAUUGUGCAGUCCAACAGGCUACAACAGGCGCUCGCCGCAAACAUCUUAUCAUCACCGGCACUCUUCCUACAACAACCAUGGGCCCUAUCGCAGCAGCAAUCCCUCGCACAUGUGACAGUACAGAGCAUCACCGCACAACAGCAACAAUAUCUACCAGCGUUCAGCCAACUAGCCCUGGCUAGCCCUGCCGCCUACUGGCAACAGCAACAGCUGCUUCCAUUCAACCAGCUAGCUGUGGCAAAUGCCUACUGGCAGCAACAGCAGCUCCGUCCAUUCAACCAACUGGCUAUUGCAAACCCUGCUGCCUACUGGCAGCAACAGCAACAGCUGCCAUUCAACCCAUUACGUUUGGCCAACUCUGCUACGUACUGGCAACAACAACAACUGCUUAGUGUCAACCCACUGGGUGUGAUGAAUCCCACCGCUUUCAGGCAGCAACCCAUCAUUGGCUCGGCUAUCUUCUAGAUUAACUAUGAGUUGUACUUCUUUAAUAAAGUUUGCAUGCUGAGGAGUUUGACUCUCGGAAAUAAGAAAUGUUUUGUUUAA